CGUCAUUUGAUAGUAGUUGCCUGAACUGAUUUUGCUUUUUUCAGUCAGUUUAGAAUCCUUGUGGAGUUUUAGUCGUGAUCACCUUAUACUCGCCAUUCCGAAAAUCACGGUGGCCGCAAACUCUUUGAAUUCGCUCUUUGGCAAAGGGACUGGACAAGCUGUAAAAGAGAUGGCAUUUCAGAAUAGUUUGCUAUACCGUGCAGUCAGAAGAAGAGGUUGCCUGGUGUUGAAGUGCCUACUGGUCUUAACUAUUGUUGCUUAUGUUGGACUCAGUUGUUUGGAUUACGCUCUUUACGCGGGAAACAAACCAGGGGCUGCCCCACCUCCGUGUUCCGAGACCGACGAAUACAGAGCUAUUCUCAUGGAUCUUGCCUACAAGACUCACUUAAUAUUGGACAACCUGGGAGUGGAACACUGGUUGAUGUACGGCUCUCUGUGGGGUCCCCUGCGUGGAAUUCAUGAGCCACUCCCAUGGGACUUUGACGUGGACUAUGGAAUUAACGGAAGCAGUGGGAUCUUCCAGAAAAUGACUUGGGAAGAAUUUAAAGCUAAACUUUCGGAGGCAGGGGUGAGAGUAUUUGAUAAGUUAAAAUCAACUGGGUCGUUGACAUUGAGACCAAAAUCAAGUGGUGCCAAUGUAGACAUAUAUCUCUAUUAUGACCGUGGAGGCUACAUGAUGAGGUCUGGGUACGAGCCAUGGCUGCUUUGCAUACAUUAUCUACUUUACCAUAGGUUUCCUUCCAGACUUGUGCAGAAACCGCUGCCCAAGGUCAAGUUUGGCCACUUUAACGUUUCUGUCCCGAGGGAAGGAAUAGAAAUAAUGAAAUAUUUGUAUCGAUUUAACUGGUGGAAGGUUGUCAAACCGGUGGGUUGCGAAUAAGCAUUUGGAAUUUCAAGUCAAGUGGCGUGACGAGUGAAACUAGCACCAUUAAGUUCUGGAAAAAACAAUGAGCGAGAAUCUGACUGUCUCAAAUUGUGACCCCCUGUUGAGUUCACUCGGAGGCAAAAAAUACCUUUGUAUAUGGACAUAAGGUACACUGCUUCUGAGUGAAUGAAUGAACGAACGAACGAACGAACGAACGAACGAACGAACGA